GAGUGCGGGCCGCGGGGGGCCAUGGGCUGCUGCCAAGACAAGGACUCCGAUGAGGCCACCAGGGAGGCCGACUCCGUGGAAGGUGGGAGCAGAGAUGCAGAAGAGGGGGACAGGCACGGGCGCGGGAGAGGAGGCUGCCCCCGCGGUAUGGCCGGAGGUUGGACAGGGGAUGGUAAAGCAAAGCUCAGCGGCCUCGUGGACCCCCUAGGCACCGAAGGGACUGAUGCCACGGACGCCCCGAGCCGCCGGAAUCGCAAGUCGAGCGAAAGCCUUCUGAUCACUGUGCUGUGGCGGCGGCUAUCCCUGUUCAGCCGUCGGGGCUCCUCACGGUCGAACAAGAAGCAUUCAGGCCAGAGUCAAAAGCCGGGGAGUCAGAAGGCGGAGAACGCCCCGGAGAGGAUCCAGGAGGAGUCAGAAAAGGGGUGACCCCAGACCUGCUCUCAGUUCGCCCCAGCCUCCAGAGAAUAAAAUUUCUAACGCGGACUUGCGCGAGCGCUUACUCUCCACUGCCGCUUUCGGAGCACCGGGCGACGGCACCACUGGGGCUGCGGGCUCUUUAAGACUCCUACCCUAAGGUUGGCCUAGCCCCCCGGUGCUCAAGGGC